UCAAACGCCGGAAACUAAAGGAAGAUUUAGUGAGCGAAACUCAAAAAAAACCUGUUGUGUUUACUAGUUAAGCUUUGACUAAUGUUACAGCGAUGUUUCUUUGUUUUAUUGUCAAGACAUUUAGCAAAUAGUGUACAUUAUGUUGUCGACACAUCCGCACUAACAUGACAUUAAUGUCAAUGUAUAACUUUUCCAACUGAAUACCGAGAAGAGAUCUUAAACAGUGGGUUAGCAUCAGGCUAACGACGCCAGCGUUACCAAUGAGUGCUAACCGGGUUAAAACUUCGACGAGCAAAGCUUCAGUUAGCCGGAGCAAAGAGCACCCAGCCCGCAGAGGGGCCAACAAGGUGCUGGCCGAGAGGAACCCGGCGGUAGUGGCGGUGGGAGCCUGGGUGGAGGUCGGACAAGACUUCGUGGAGCACCCCUCUGCUCUGGCUUUGCUAACUGAGGAGAUCCAGGAAGACAAGAGGAGGGAGACUGAAGAGAGCCUUCGACGAUUUCAAGAUGAAGUACGCCAUCGUGUGGCACAGCAAGCUCAAGUCAGCAAGAAAAGACAGCAGCUGCAGACAGACUCCGAGGUUAAACCUGACAGGAGAAUCCCACAACAGCAAGAUCAGGCCUGGACACGUCAAGGGUCUGUUGGUGAGCGAUCGAUGUCUGCAGCAGGAGCUGCACAACAGAGGGGGAUUGAGAGAAGUUCUCAGCAGUCAAGCGGAGGCAUGAGGCAGGUCAGACUCAGACUGGCUGCCUGUCGGAUGAGCCGCCAUGGGGAAAUGACAUCAGAACUUCCUGGAGGCGAAUGGAAUGUUUCUCCAACCAGACAUGUGAGCAAAAUCGGAUCUCACGGGCUGAGAGCGGAGGAGGAGGAGGAGGAGGAGGAGGAGGAGGACGAUGUUCAGGCAGAGAAAGAGGGGGACGAUCAUUUCUUUAUCAGUCAACAUGAGUGUCCCCUCGUUCAGCAGAAGGUGAGUGGUCACGUGUUGUUGGAUUCUGAGAAAUCGCAGCCUGAUCCAGGUUCCAAGUCCAACCUCAGAGUCCCACAGGUCCUGUGGCCUCUGGCUGACGGAGAAGAACUGAAAAGACAGCGUCAGUCUCAGUUCCUGAUGCACCGCCGUCUGUACAUGAACAUUGAGAGAGAACAAGUGAAGGAGAACAAACAGAACAGGAAACACCUGAAGAGGACAGCAAGGAUCAAAGCAGAGAAAGAACAGAUUCGUCUGGAGGAAGAAAGAAAGUUGGAAAGAGUACAGCAGCUCGCAGAGGCCCGACAGAGGCUGGAGGAGAGAGAGCUGCUGAUUCUGGAGCGGCUGAAGCUCGAGGAGGAUAAGAGAGCUGUGGAGCUGCAGAGGAGGAAAAGGGAGGAGAAAGGGAAAGUAGCUGCAAGGUUCAUUGAUGCUCUGAGAGCUCAGCUGAAGGAGCGACUGUCUCAGGAGAAGAUGGAGCCGCCUCCUCUCUGCUGCUGUGCAUCCUCUUUUUGGGACUCCCACCCCGACACCUGCGCUAACAACUGUGUCUUCCACAACAAUCCCAAAGCGUAUGCCAAGGCGCUACACUCGACAAUGUUGAGUUUCGAGUUACAGUAAAGGAAGCUGAUGAACUGAAACAGGCUCCUUGUUCUCUUUUUAAAGGAACUGUUGAACAUUUUGGGAAAAAAACAUUGUAAGUUGUCAAACCCAGAGUCGGAUGAGAAGGUUGGGAUCACUUUUAUCCACUACAGAGAGGUCGAAGACAUGAUUAACCUCCAGACUGAAAUAUCUCAAUGAAUAUGAGAUGGAUUGCCGUGACAUUUUGUCCAGACAUUAAUUUUUUCCACAAGAUGAAUCCAGCUGACUUUUCAUCUGCUGUGACAACGAGACUCAGUGUCUCAACAUCUACGAGAUGGAUUGGCACAGACUUUUGUACAGACAUUGAGGGUUCCAAGAUAAUGUAUCCUAAAGACUUUUGUGAUCUUCGGUUAAUCUUUACUGUGUGCUAGAUGGGAAACUUUCUGUCUUGCACCAUCAUCGGGUCAAAAGUUCACUUUGUCCAAUACUUUUUUUUUCCCACCAAGUAUCCUCAGUGUCAUAUAGAGGAUGGAAGGAUAAGUAAUUAAAUGAUUGGAUGAAUAAAUAAUGUGCCAUUAAAUGUACAAACAAUAAUAUUGAAAAUAAAUAAGGCAUUAAUUAAUUGAUCAAAUGUAACAUAAAUUCAUG